AUGCAAAGAAGGUUAGAGGGCUUAUGGGCUAGAGAAGGGAGAAUCCGUGUCACGAAUUUGGAGAAUGAUUAUUUUCUUGUCAGGUUUGAGAAGAACGAGGACCUGGAGUUUGCUUGGUCUGAGGGACCAUGGAGUAUUCUGAAUCACUAUAUAGCAGUUCGUUCGUGGUCUCCAAACUUUCAACCACACAUGGCUAAUAUUGAUAAGAUAGCAGCAUGGGUGAGGUUACCUGAUAUUCCAGUGGAAUAUUUUGCAUCAAAUGUGUUCGGAGCAAUCGGUAAUUGGUUGGGGAAGUUCAUUAAGAUUGAUAACACAACUACUAGUAUUGAGAGAGGUCAUUUUGCACGCCUUUGUGUGGAACUUGAUCUUAGUCAACCUCUUCAUGGAGAGUAUAAGCUGGAGGGGCAAGUUAAGAAGGUGGAGUAUGAAGGACUACACCUGGUAUGUUUUGAAUGUGGCACUUAUGGCCACAGAACGGACUCUUGUCCUGUCUUGAGAGCUAGGAAAAUGUUGGCUUCAACUACACUGAAUAAUCAGGGAGAUCAACAGAAUACAGAUGGUACAGUAACUGCAGUCAAUGAUGAGAGUCCUGAUGUGGAAAUGAGCAGGGAAAACAAGGAGAUACCUAAGGAAGGUUAUGGACCAUAG